AUUCCAUCUCUUCUCCUGCCUGCAGCAUCGUCCAGGUAGGAAGACUCCAAGCAUAGCCAAAUCUGGAGGAUGAAGGUCGAGGCACUAAUGGUCACUGUGCUCCUCCUGGUGCUGCUCUCCCCAGCCCCGGCACCGUCUCAGGCACUGGGGGACCGGACUGCCACUCCAGAGAGGCAGCCAGGAGUUGGGGGCCCUGAAGAAGACCUUUUGCCACCUGGAAAGGGAGGGAAUAACUUGCCCAGGCAGGGGUCAAAGAGAAGCUGCCCCAUGGCUGGUGAAUGGGAGCUGAAGGAAGAGGCCCCCAUGGGCUCCAGGUCCACCAGCAGGGCCAUGGCCAAGUCACCACCGUGCAGCAGCGAGCAGGACCCUGCGAGCAAACCCCCGAGACUCCUGCCACAGCCCCUCCGCAGCAGGAGCCCGAGGCUGAGCCAUCACCUGAAGGGCUACGGGAAGUUCAACGGGGACACGCAUUCCUGCCACAGCAUCCAGUCCCGGCCCUGCCAGAAGCCCUCUGACUGCGGUGGCUGCCUGGGGCUCUACACCUGCAAGCUGCCCACCAGCAAAUGCGUCCUGAAAGCCGUCUCCAGGCAGAGAGGUAAGCUGCAAGCCCCCCAGCUGCUGGCAUGGAGGACACCAGACACAGCCACCUCCAAGCACAGCCUUUCCGCUACACCCCUCCAGACCCAAAUCAGACCUGCCCUGUGCAGGGCACUGUCUUGUGCCCUAAACACACCUGCAAAGGGCUCCUGCAUGUCCUGCCAGCACUGACCACCUUCAAUAAUGAGUGAACAACAAUGGUGAAUGGGACAUUCCCGUAAGUAUCGGUAAAAGCUGGGAUUUGCCUGGCACCCUGAGCCCUUGCAGGAUGCCAACAGCCCAUGUGGGGAAGUUAAGGAGGGAAAGGAGGCUCAGGGUUUAGCCGGAGGCUUGCGAGUCGACAAGCACAGCUCUCCCAGGCAUCACGGGCUCCCAGCCCUGCAGAGCUGCUCGUGUCAGUGUGCACAAGCUUAUUAAUGAACCAAGGACCAUCAGGGGGCAGAGAGCGCAAGUUUUAACAUUUAACCGCCAGAACAAGUGUCCCAGUUCUCCUUGGUACAUCUGUACUGCUCCUGGACUGGCCUUUUGCCUCAGCACGUUUGACUACACCCACACAAACACAGUCAUGGAGGAGAAACUCAUCCAAGACUACUAACCACAGACACCAGCUCGGGUGUGGGAACCACUCAGUUGCAGAACAUGCAGUAGGCAUGUGUAACCUUCUGGGUAUCUAUAGUGUGUUUGUGUAUGUGUAGGGUGUACCCAGAUUCACGCAGUCUUCUUCUGGGCGUCUGCUGUUGGGAGCCUCCACAGGAGGACACGUGGACACAUGGUCAGACAUACAACAGCCAGUUUUACAGCUUAUUUUCACAGGUAGACUCCUCCAAACCAUCCAGAGCCCUGUGGGGCCCAAGGUCCUGCUCAUCCCUGAGCAAUAACAUUCGAUGUAAAGCUGAAGAGGCUGUCCUGCAGCUGGAGACCAACGCUCGUUUUAAAUGAUUUCUAAUUAAAGUUUCAUAUUAAACCCCUAAUGGCACAGUUGUAAAUGUUGCUUUCACUGCACUUCUCAUGCCACUGUUUUUUAACACCCCCUGGGAUUUUGUACAGUAUAUAGGCUGCAUUCCGCUUUCCUGAGAGCUGCCCACAAAAGCACUGAGUGGCCACAGAGCCCUGUGCUGUAGCAGCAGAGACAACUUGAAGCCCCAAAGUGAGAAAUAUGGGGCUAUUUCACACCUAAUUUUGGAUGUUGCAAAAGCUGCCACUAUCUCAGCAUGCUCACACCCAAGUUCAAGCUGAACUAAGGAGCCUGUUGUCAUUGGGCAUCCCAGGAAACCCACCCAGCUCCUCACCAUGGUUCCCACUGAAGAAGACAAGUACCACGCUGUUGAAAACGUCACUUCAGAAGGGAAAUGCAGAGCCCCAGACAUCAGACACCUGCUUCUGGGGCCCAAGCUGAGCCACAAUCAGCUUCAUUUAGCACCUCACAAAGCUUUGCAGGCAUCCUGUCUGCCUCUGCAUGCGCGAAUGCAAUGCACUCCAGCUUUGCAAAACCCCAUUUCACUACCAUUAAAACCACCUUUUUGAAAGGAAAACCAAACCAACAGCAUUUGAUUCACCUUGAAUUCCAUCGCAGUGAAAUGCUGCCGGCUUCUCUGCCCCUGCUCUUGUUGCUUCAGCUGCCCUAUAGGCAAGUUGGGGACUAUGGAGCUGCAGGUGCUGCCCACCUGCCCGGGGUGGCACUAGUGCUGUCUGGCACUUACGGUGCUCACCACAGAACAGCAGAGGGAUUGAGGUGGAAAGGGACUUCUGCAGGUCAUCUGGGCCAACCUCCUCUGCUGAAGCAGGGCCGCCUGUAAUGGCACAUGUCAAAGGCGUAACAAGCCUCAUGAGACUAGGAGACAGUGAAGCACUGUCUCUCCAAGCACUCGCCCCUCCACCCACCCAGCCACCUACUCCUGCCACCGUCUAUCACAACCCAUUUUUUCUACCCUUAAACACAACAAAGAGGCUGCCACUGUAGGAAACUUUGGAAACGCAGGCUUCAAAAGAUGCACAGAGCAGCACUGGACUUAAAGCUCUGCCUUUGUCACCAAGUAGACCCUGCUGCUCAUCAACAAGGCCCUCUCACCUGGGAAAGUAAACUGACUCCAGGGGUGCUCAGACCAUUUUCAAAACCUCCAGGAGCCCUGUGCAGCCCAGCACAGCACGUCUGCCCACAGCAAAGGCACCUGCACACAGAUCUCACCCUGCAAUCCCUGCCUCUAAGAGCCGGGGAAGAGAUUUCCUUUUGGGCUGCAGCAAAACUACCCUCUGGCCUCCUCUCCAAACAGUAGAGAAGACCCAAGGAUGUUCCACCUGCU